CUUUCUUCCUCUGUUUUUGCCCCUCAAAAAAAACCGCUUCUGCGAAACCGCUUUCGAAGGUUAAAACCGCUUUCCAGCAGGUGGCAAUUCCAGUAAAUAAACCGAAUAUCAGUGCCCUCUUCCAAUUCUCUCCUUCGCUUCUCCAACGCAGUGGCAAUAUCCGUAAAUAAUCCAAUCGCCAGUGGCAUUUUCCCAGGACCUCUCCAUCUCUCUCUGUUCUUCUUACUCUGUAAUCUGCAUAUCAGAAGGUUCAGAUGGGGAAUGUGAAUGGGCGGGAAGAGGGCGAGAACGGGGCCGAAGAUCCUUCUGCAAGAUCCGACGGUGAUCCCAAUGGCUGGGCCCACGCUACGUCGUCAGAUUCGAUGGCGAAUACGCCACCAGAUAGCCCUGGAAUCUCCCGAUCUCCACUCCUGUUCGCUCCACAGGUUCCAGUAGCUCCCCUGCAGAGGGCUGCUGAUAUUCCUCCAGUUUCCAAUCAGAUGUGGAUGAAUGAAACUCAUGGACCUCUGGAUCUUCCGCCCGAGCAAGGGAUCCCCACCAUGAUCACAUGGAACUUUGGAGGCAAUGAUGUUGCAGUGGAAGGGUCAUGGGACAACUGGAAUUCGAGGAAGAAACUACAGAGAUCAGGCAAGGAUCAUUCCAUUCUGUUGGUUCUCCCGUCAGGCGUCUACCAAUAUAAGUUCAUAGUAGAUGGUGACCGGAGAUACAUUCCUGACCUUCCCUGCAUCGCUGAUGAGAUGGGAUGCAUUUCUAAUCUACUUGACGUGAAUGAUUAUGUGCCGGAAAAUCUGGAAAGUGUAGCUGAGUUUGAGCCCCCACCAUCCCCAGACUCGAGCUAUGGCCAUCUAUUCCUGGCGGAUGAGGACUUUGCGAAAGAGCCACUCGCUGUCCCACCCCAGCUGCAUCUAACUGUCCUUGGGAUGCCAAGCCCCACCACGGAGCCAUCUUCGUCCUCAUCUCUCCCUCCAAAGCCACAGCAUGUAGUCCUCAACCACCUGUUCAUAGAGAAAGGGUGGGCAUCUCAGUCUCUGGUCGCCCUCGGCCUCACCCACCGGUUCCAGUCCAAGUACGUCACUGUUGUACUCUACAAGCCCCUCCGAAGGUAAGUAAAUUACUGAAAAAAGAACUUUUUUUUUUCCUCUCUUUCUAUGUACAGAAGAGUGUUAUGAUUGUUGGAAGGAUAUGUUUCUGUUAAUAGAUCAGCUUCUUCUUCCUCUUCUUCUUA